AGCUUUAAAAAAAAAAAAAAAAAAAAAACUACAUUUCCCAGCACGACUUCCGUUGUUCGUCGGAAGUACAUUUCAAAAUCAGGACAUUUUGGUUUCAUGCGGAAGUGACACGUUCAUAAUGGCAACAGGAGCAGAUCAAGCUGUUGGUUUUGGACUCCUUGGUUUUAGUCUGUCGCUGUUUACAUAUUACACCAUUUGGGUCAUAGUCUUGCCUUUUGUAGACAGUGACCAUGUGAUCCACAGCUAUUUUCUUCCACGCGAAUAUUCAGUCAUACUUCCUGGAGUUGCAGCAUUAAUCCUCUUACUUUUUGUUGGCACCUUCAUAGGGGUGGUAACAUGGAAGAAUCGAAAACCUAAGAAAGUUGAUUAAGACUCUCCAGGCUGUCGUGAUUCAUCUGGUCACAAGAACGAACUGUUGAUUUCACUCAUGUACCACUUCCUGUACACAGCCGCGUGAAGAUCAACUCCAAAGCUGCUCUUCUGAAUUCCAGUUAUUAGACAUCUUCAGGUGGUUCUUAAAAUAAACAACAAAAUAGAUUUCAUUAAUAGCCAGAGCAGUACUGAACAUGUAGCUGCUUAGUAGUCUGUUUGAGCUUUGUGCACCCAGUGGCCACAACCUUGAUUGAAGCCACACUACACUACCUGUGACAUGUUUAGCUUUGGAGAAUUCUUUCCAUAGUCAGGGAGAUAAAUGCAAAUUUAGGCACCUAAGAGAUGGGGUAGAUUUAUGUAUAGUGUGUAUCUGGAAGACAUCUAAAUGGAAUAUGAGAUUUCUCUUUUUGUUUAGUCAUGCUUUAAGUUGAGAUUCAGCUGUUCUUUUAUGUUGUAAAUAGAUGUAUUUAAAAACUGGAGUGCUUGAUUCUAGCAGCAGAAUAAUUCAGGACAACAAUCUAUAAAGAAUGAGAAAGAGAACUUUUUGUAAUAUAAACAAUCCCACAUUAAAAUGAAUAGAAAUAUGCUUAACUUUA